AAGAUGAAAAUGGAAACGUCAAACGUUAUUCUGCGCGCGAACCAAUUCGAGUCGCACGCGUCGAUUUCGACACGACAAAAAUAAAAUUAACAAAUAGAAUCUGUUGUAGUGUGCGUGAAUAACAAUGUUAUAAGAGAAUUAGUGCAAAUAUUUAUUUUGUGUUUGUGUUGUGAUUUUAAAAGUGGAAUUUAAAUUUUAGGUAACAUAAACAAAGAUGGCGACGAAAUCGUACAGUAAACACAAGGAGUACAAGGAGUUCUCCAGCAGCACCAAGGGCUCCAUCCCGCCAUACACUGAUGAGCAGUUCGACAUGAUAAAGUCGGAGCUGCUACCCAAGGGCAGCAAGCUGGACUCCAUCGGGCGGAACGGCGUGGGCGCGCGCGAGUACCACUACGAGUACAAGGAGGAGAAGCAUCCCAGUGGGAAGUACGACCGGAAGGACCUGCGCACUGUUGAGGAGUACACGAUCCCACCGAAGACAGUGCCCAAGGAGAGCAGCGCGUACUACUACGAGCGCGAGGAGCGCGAGCUGCCGGCGCUCACCGGCACCAGGACCUACAACUACGAGACCACCUCCUCCACGCCAGGUUACUCGAAGGUAAAGAGCUCCAAGGUGACGAAGGAGAUGUCGCAGAACGUGGAGGAGCUGGACUCGCUGCUGGACGACCUGCAGCGCGACCAGGAGCGACAGCUCUACAAGAGUGGCUACGCCUCAGACACAGCUGAGAGUACGUCAUUCGACUACAAAAAGGGCACGCCAGUAAAAGCGCCAUCUAGCGGCUACUCAACGUUGAAACGCGAGGAGCGUCUGGAGAGCUCGUCGUGGGGCAGCCCCGCGCCGCCGCCCGUCGCGCGCCAGGCCGAGCUGCGCCAGGAGAUAUACAGGGAGGAGAAGACAGAAUCUCGCGUGGUGCCGUCGCAAGUGUCGCCGGCGCUGCCGCUGCCGGUGCCAACGCCAGUUUGCGCGCACUGCCACCAGCCACCAACUGUCGGCACGCUCUCUCGAUCCGGUACUCCCAUGAACAAGGUGACGACCACAGUGAAGACGUACACGUACGAGGUGCCGGCCGGCCAGGACCCGACCGCCGUGCCCAUCCCCGUCACCGCGGAGCACUCCGCUACUUACACCAGCGAGGAGCAUGUCAAGAACAAUACCUGUGUAACUGGCGGCGGCGCUCCGGGCGGCUGCCAGCACUGCCCUCACUGCAACUCCCGCCUGCGGGACUACCGCUCUACUACACUGCGUUCAGAUGAGCACACGAGCGAGCGCACGAACGAGCGCAUGCUGUACCCCGCGCCCGCCAACGAGACCAAACUGCUGCCGGAGAAUGGACAUCCAUCAUACGGUCCAACCGGUACGUCGUACAAGUACUCGGAAACCUCCUACUCCUCCCAGAACACCGCACAGCGCUUCCCGUCCUCCCCCUCCCCCGCGCCCUUCCCGCGCCCCCAUACACCAUCGACCCAGCAGCCGCCGAAGAAGUUAGACGACCUCCUUGCUGACUUCCCCGAAGCGAAGUUCCCGACGUCCGAAGGUCUCGUGCAGAGGAAGGUUGAGACUAGGGUGGAGGGCACGGAGGGAGGCCGCCGCGCCGUGCACAGUACCGGCAGCUCGCCCGGGCCCGCGGUCUACUACCCGCCCGGACACACGCCGUUCCAGAAGAAGGAUCCGGAACCCGCCGCGUACCAGUCUAGCGCAAUGGUAGCUGGCGGCGGCGCGUACGCCUCCGGCCGCGGCGCGUACGAGUACGAGGCGGGCGCCAAGUCGAAAGAAAAGCAUUCAGAGAAGAAGACCGCCGUGCCCGUCUGCCUGCCGCUCUGCUGCGCCAUGCCAUGCGUUAUUAUGUAACAUACUAACAUCUCCAACGGCCUGACCGGCAGGCUUAGCAUAACAACAGUAGAAACGGGAAAGAAUGGACAUACUGGCAGAUUUUAGUGACAAAAUGACGGAUUUUUCAAUCUGUCCCUUUGUCUAUUCUUCCGUAAUUAAACCGAUUCUAUGGUGACCAUGCUAAGCCUGCAGGAAAAUAAUUAAAUUCUUGUUAAGAAAAAGAUCCACUAUGUAUGAAGACGUUAAAUCUAGUUAUACGUUUUGUCUUUGUAAAGCUAAGCUAAAUUUUUCAAAAUGUUGUCUAUAAGUAAUGAGUGGCACUUUUAUUGCAAUAGCACCAAGUUAGAAAAGAUUAAAUCUCAAAUAUGUGGAGCUAAUUAACUUUUUAUUUUCGCCAAUAGCAAGAAUUUUAUUUUCCAGAUCAGGCCACAAAUAUAAAUAAGUGUAAAUAACAUGCUUCCAGAACGCAACACCGAUUUUGUCACACAGUUGAAUCGAAUUACAGACUGAAAAUAGUUGGGACGGUGGGUAACAUGGGAUACACAUUUCGGAUCAUAAUAGCUCUUGUAUCUAAAUAAGAGUUAUUAUACUCUGAUAUAACCCCAUUUACUCAGCUGUCUAUCGUUUUGCAUCCCAUGCUUCUUAUAAUAAGAAGUACACGGACUCCAUAAUGCUCACGAAUUUGCGAAUCUCAAAAACACGACGUAGGCUUAAGAUCUAUCUAUUAUUAAUACAUAUUUAAAUAACCCUUUAUUAAUAUAAAUAUUUACACAACGUAUCCAGUCUCUUGUUCUUGUCUGGCACAUUGGAAAAGCGACAUGUUAGAUAUCUUUAUCUAGCAUGUCGCUUUUCCAAUGUUCCUUGCAGCGUUCCUUGGAUACGUUAUGUGAUUAUCUUUUUUAUAUUAUAGGGGAUAAAAUCAUUCAAUUAAGUAUGAAUAAUUUAAUUAACAUGAUAUUGACAACAAUAAUUUUGUUAUAACAAGCUUUGUCUAAGAAUAUUCUUGACUAAAUUAAAUAAGUAAUAGGUACUAUUACAAUAUAUUUUGAUAUUAUAAAAGUAAAAGCGUUAUUCAAAGUAAUAUUUUAAGGAUUAUUUUGGGAUUUAUAAAAUCAUGUAAGAAAGUUUAAUGUAAGUGAAUGAAACUAACCGUGCCAUGCUGAGUGCUCAGAGAAGUGCCUUACUUGUCGUUUUGUGUAUAAAUUUAUAUUUAUAUUUUUAAUAAAAUUAAUAACUGAAACA